GUAACAGAAAGAGAAAGUAAAACACAACCCCCAGAAGUAACUCCAUGAUCCCGCUGUAGCAGCUCGAGCACGCAGUUUCCUAUUAACCGUGUAGAAGAAUCGGUUAGUUAUUAGUUAGUUAUUAUUAUUAUUCAGGGAGAUUUUAAAGAUACUUUAAGAGCCGUGAAGUUCACCUGAGGUCACCAACAUGUCGCGAGGUUCAAACCCAGGUUUCGACCGACACAUCACCAUCUUUUCACCGGAGGGCCGCCUCUACCAAGUCGAGUACGCCUUCAAAGCAGUCUGCCAGAGCGGGAUGACGUCUGUGGGGGUCCGGGGGACAGACAGCGCUGUGGUGGUCACACUAAAGAAAAUACCUGACAAGCUGCUGGACCCGUCCACUGUGACCAACAUAUUCAAGCUGACCCCUCGCAUCGGCUGUGUGAUGACGGGGCAAGGAGCGGACAGUCACUCCCAGGUUCACCGGGCACGAGUGGAAGCAGGAGAAUGGAAGUAUAAGUUUGGUUACGACAUCACGGCGGACGUGUUGUGUCGCAGGUUGGCCGAAAUCUCCCAGGUGUACACGCAAAACGCUGAGAUGAGGCCUCUUGGCUGCUGUAUGACCAUGGUGGCCAUGGACCCCCAGCAGGGUCCUGUGCUGUAUAAGUGUGACCCCGCAGGCUACUACUGCGGCUUCAGAGCCACAGCAGUCGGGGCCAAACACAUAGAGGCCAACAGCUACCUGGAGAAGAAACUGAAGAAGAAGCCUGAACUGACCCACGACAGGACCGUUCAGCUGGCUAUAUCCUGUCUGUCCUCCGUCCUGUCUUUGGACUUCAAGCCCGACGACCUGGAGAUCGGCGUGGUCACCGAGGAUAAACCCAAGUUCAGGAUGCUGUCGGAGGCAGAGAUAGACGCCCACCUGGUUGCCAUCGCAGAACGGGAUUAAAGACGCCCUCGCAAAGUUCAAACCUGCGAUUCAUCAUCGUAGUAUUUCAUUUGUAGUCAUUAGUCUGCAGGCAAAAGUACACACCUGUGUGUGUGUGUGUGUGUGUGUAGGAUAUUCAUGCACACCUGAAGAAGAGUUAUUAAACACUAAAAUAAGUUUAAUUUCUAAUGUUUUACCAGGUAUUUCUAGUCGGCUUUAAAAACAAUUCAACACAAACAACUCGUAAUAAUAAUAAUGUGUAACUUCUGGCACAAGCAACACAUUCCUCAAACAUGACUCUUUAUUUUGACUUUCUCUGGUUUUGUUUGGACGUGUAAAGAAUAUUAUAUAUAUAUAUAUAUAUAUAUAUAUAUAUAUAUAUAUAUAUAAUAUUAUGAUCAUCAUCUGCACUCAUUUUUAAACAGCUGUUAUAAUAAAAUUAAAUAGAAAAAUGUUUUGCAUUAAAUGAAAUAGUUAAUGAUUUGACUUUGAGUUUAUUUCCCUUCAUCCUGAUGGAACAACAUUCCCCUGGUUGAGCAGCAGGUGGCGUCAGUGAGGUGUUACCUGAGGCUGACCGGGAGAAGCACGAGCACAAGCACGAUAUUAAUGUGUUUUAUAUCAUUUAGAUAAGGGCUGCAAGAUAUGAGGAAAAUAAGUGAUAAGGUUGAAUAUCAUGAAUCACAAUAUUACUUGAGAUAAAUAGAUAUUAAAGUUUACUCAGUUCUG